UCUGUGGUCGCCGACCUGCCCUGCCGGCUCGGGUUUACCGCUGUCAUGGCGAAGAAUCAUCGUUUCAAAUUCAGGCAGGGAAAUAGGUGAAACACGCGAGGAAAAGAAACAGAGGGGGAGGGCGGGGGUGUUAAAAAAAUAAACUGAUUUAAUAAGUUUUGUUUAUUUUGAGGAGUGGAAGCUGUGUGUGCCGAGUUGGAGAGUCGCCGUUGGCUCUGUCGACGUUUUAAAUCUUCUUGAACCACUUCGCUGCUCUCUUACUAAAUCAUUUUAAAACUGAGGGAGGGAAUAAAAAGUUUUUAUUUCUGAGCUGGUGCUUCAAGCCUUCUGUCAGCAACAUGUCCGAGUCCAAUGUGAAAGUGGCCGUGAGGAUUCGUCCCUUCAACAGAAGAGAAAUUGAUUUGAACACAAAAUGCAUUAUAGAUGUUGAAGGAAAUCAGACCAUUCUAAGUCCAGCUAAUGCCAAUCUUGGUAAAGGAGAUGCGAGGAGCCAGCCAAAGGUUUUUGCAUAUGAUCACUGUUUUUGGUCAAUGGAUGAGUCCAUUAAGGAGAAGUAUGCAGGUCAAGACGUAGUGUUCAAGUGUCUUGGUGAAAGUUUGUUACAAAAUGCAUUCCAAGGAUACAAUGCUUGUAUAUUUGCUUAUGGGCAGACUGGCUCAGGGAAAUCGUACACAAUGAUGGGUUCAAAAGACAAGCCGGGUUUGAUUCCACGAUUAUGCAGCAAAUUGUUCGAGCGAGCUUUGCAAGAGGCUAAUGAGGAACAAAGAUUCACUGUUGAAGUGUCGUACAUGGAAAUAUAUAAUGAAAAGGUCCGGGACCUCCUUGAUCCAAAAGGGAGUCGACACACUUUGAAGGUGAGGGAACACAAAGUUUUAGGUCCGUAUGUGGAUGGUCUAUCCAAACUGGCUGUGACAAGUUACAAGGAUAUUGAGUCUUUGAUGUCAGAAGGGAAUAAGUCUCGAACAGUCGCUGCAACGAACAUGAAUGAAGAGAGUAGCCGUUCCCAUGCAGUAUUCAACAUUAUACUUACGCACACACUAUACGAUCUCCAAUCUGGGACUUCAGGUGAGAAGGUGAGUAAACUGAGCCUUGUGGACCUGGCUGGUAGUGAGAGGGCAGCCAAGUCUGGAGCUGCUGGAGAUCGAUUAAAGGAAGGAAGCAAUAUUAACAAAUCUUUAACAACACUAGGCCUGGUAAUUUCUGCUUUGGCAGAUCAGGCUGCUGGUAAAAACAAGAACAAGUUCGUUCCCUACAGAGAUUCUGUACUGACUUGGCUACUCAAGGAUAGCCUUGGUGGAAAUAGCAAAACAGCAAUGAUCGCAACAGUGAGCCCGGCAGCAGACAAUUAUGAUGAAACCUUGUCAACGCUGAGGUAUGCUGACAGAGCCAAAAACAUAAUUAAUCAUGCUGUGGUAAAUGAGGAUCCCAAUGCCAGAAUCAUCCGCGAACUCCGCGAGGAAGUAGAUAAACUGCGGGAACAGCUCUCCAGAGCAGAGGCAAUGAAAGCCCCAGAGCUGAAGGAUCGUUUGGAAGAAUCUGAAAAACUAAUUCAGGAAAUGACUGUUACAUGGGAAGAAAAGCUGAGGAAGACUGAAGCUAUUGCACAGGAGCGCCAGAAGCAAUUGGAAAGGCUUGGUAUUUCUCUCCAGUCCUCGGGUAUCAAAGUUGGAGAUGACAAGUGUUUCUUGGUGAAUCUGAAUGCGGAUCCAGCCUUGAAUGAGCUGCUUGUUUACUACUUAAAGAACCACACUCUAGUUGGCUCUGAUGAUUCCCAGGAUAUCCAACUGUGUGGCAUGGGAAUACUUCCUGAACACUGUGUCAUUGAUAUUUCUCCAGAAAGACGAGUCAUUCUCACACCAAUGCAAAACUCCAGAACAUUUGUGAAUGGCUCCCUGCUGACCAACCCCGUGCAGCUUCACCACGGUGAUCGUAUCCUUUGGGGAAAUAACCAUUUCUUCAGAAUUAAUUUGCCAAAAGCCAAACAGAAAAAAGCACAGGAGGAAGACGGAGGGGAGAGUCCCAUGAAGCCAAGUUCCAGUACUGAGCAACUGGAUGGAGAUGGGGACAGUGCCAGUGAGGGCUCCAGUGAAAGCAAUUACAACUAUGAGUUUGCACAGAUGGAGGUCACUAUGAAGGCUCUUGGCAACAAUGAUGCGAUGCAGUCGGUUUUGCAGAGGUUGGAACGCCAGCAUGAGGAGGAGAAGCGCUCUGCACUUGAGCAACAGCGCCUAAUGUAUGAGCGGGAACUGGAGCAGUUGCGUAGACGUUUGUCUCCAGAGAAACAUUACCGUAGUAUGGAGCGCCUUUCAUUUGGCUCCCCCAGUACUCAACAGCGACUUCGUCAGUGGACAGAAGAGAGAGAAGCAAUGCUCAACCUUAGUCUUCUGAAGUUGCAAGAGCAGAUUGCCAAGGCAAAUCAUUAUGUGCAUGAAGCAAAUUACAUUGCCGAAGAGAUGGAGAAGAAGACAGAGUAUCAAGUUACUCUGCAGAUUCCAGCUUCCAGCCUAGAUGCUAAUCGAAAGCGUGACUCCAUUCUUAGUGAACCAGCCAUUCAGGUGCGAAGGAAAGGUAAAGGCAAACAGAUCUGGUCACUGGAGAAACUAGAAAACCGAUUAAUUGAUAUGCGUGAACUUUACCAGGAAUGGAAAGACUGUGAUGAGGACAAUCCUAUGAUGAGAUCCUAUUUCAAGCGAGCUGACCCGUUCUUUGAUGAACAAGAAAAUCAUAGUCUUAUUGGGGUUGCAAAUGUGUUUUUGGAAUUGCUCUUUUACGAUGUUAAAUUGCAGUAUGCAGUACCCAUCAUUAACCAGAAGGGAGAGGUGGCAGGACGCCUGCAUGUGGAAGUGGUCCGAACAAGUGGGGAUCUUAGCGAUCGAAUUGCUGGUGGGGAUGACACUUUGGACAGUCCAAAUGAAAGUGACAUGCAGGAGAAAGAAACGGUGCGCAAAAUAAUCUGCAGAAUAAAAAUUCUUCAAGCUACAGGGUUGCCUCGACACCUGUCAAACUUUGUUUUCUGCCAAUACACCUUCUGGGAUCAGACUGAACCGAUCAUUGUUGCACCGGAGGUCGAUCCUUCCUCCUUAACACCAGCUGGCAAGGAUCCAGAAUGCAUGGUUGUUUUUGACCACUGUAAGGAGUUCUCACUCAACCUUUCUGAAGAUCUGUUGGAAUAUCUGUCAGAGGGAGCACUGGCAUUUCAAGUUUAUGGUCAUAAAUCACGUGACUCUAGGAAAAACCCUUCCAUAUGGGACCUGGGAAUAAUACAAGCCAAAACUCGAUCACUGCGGGAUAGGUGGAGCGAAGUGAUGCGUAAGGUAGAGCUCUGGAUCCAAAUCUUGGAACUGAAUGAGAAUGGAGAGUAUGUUCCUGUGGAGGUGACCUUCUCAAAAGAUGUUUUCACUGGUGGCAUCUUUCAGCUACGGCAGGGUCAGUCUCGACGUAUUCAAGUUGAAGUGAGGUCAGUCCAAGAUUCCGGGACGUUGCCUUUAAUUACUGAAGCAGUUAUAUCUAUUGCUGUGGGAUGUGUCAAAACCAGACCUGCUAGAAACCAGAAAUAUCAAGAUACCCACUUGGAAGAGGAGGAUGACAUGGACAGUUACCAGGAGAGGGAUUUGGAGAAGCUCCGUCGGAAAUGGCUAAGUGCAUUGACCAAAAGGCAGGAAUACCUUGACAAGCAGCUCCAGAAACUUGCUAGCAAAUCCAAUAAAUCUGAAGAUGAUGCAGACCGUGAGGCGCAGUUGCUGGAACGAAGGCUGACUCUAACUGAGGAGAGGAAUGCUGUCAUGGUCCCGUCAGCUGGGAGUGGAAUUCCAGGAUCCCCAGCAAAAUGGAGCCCAGUGCCUGGAAUGGAAACGCAUGUUCCUGUUGUUUUCCUUGAUCUAAACGCUGAUGACUUCAGCUCCCGUGAAGAUCUGGAUGGGCCAGAACCUGGUGCAUUGGAUGCUAGCCUUAUCGAUGAAGAUGAUGAUGACAUUUUUGAACUUCAGAUUGCAAAGCGCCACGAACCAGAGGUGAAGGCAGAGGCUUCCUGGGACUCUAACAUUCAUAAUUGUCCAUCCUUGAGCAAAGGCACUCCAGCUGAUGAGCGUGUUUUUCUCAUUGUGAAGACUGUGGUUCAGCUCAGCCACCCUGCUGAGAUGCAGCUCGUGUUACGCAAGCGCAUCUGUGUAAAUGUUUACAGCCGACAGGGUUUUGCACAAAAUUUCCUGAGACGAAUGUCCCAUAAAAGUACAUUUAAUGCGUGUGGAGUGACCUUUGAGAUCGUCUCCAAUAUUCCAGAGGAUGCCCAAGCAUCCGAAGACCGUGAAACUCUGGCACGAAUGGCAGCAGAGUUAGAAACUGCGGAGUCUGCUGAGAAAGAAGCAUACAUUGAGAAAUAUCUCCGUAGUGUACUGGCAGUGGAGAAUAUCCUCACUCUGGAUCGCCUGCGUCAGGAAGUUGCAGUAAAAGAACAAUUAAAUACAAAGCGUAAAUUGACCAGAAGGUGCAUCAGCUCUCCGAAUGUUAAUCGGUUAUCCGGAAGCCGUCAUGACCUCAAUGCAAGAUCAAGCCUUGAACGCAACAAGAGUCGAUGGGAGAGUCAGCAGGACAUUUCGACAGCUGCACUGCAGUCAAACAAGAAGACUCCUCCGUUCCAUUCCCCGGUGUCCAGGCAUUCCAUGCCACAAGCUGCAGUCUCCUUUUCAACACUAGCUGCCUCUUACUUGAAUCCAGUGAAGGCCUUUGUACCUCAAAUGCCCAAACUUCUCAAAUCACUUUUCCCUGUACGGGAUGAAGAGAAGAGAAGAUCUGUCCCUGCACCGAAUCAACAGUCUGUUCCUCGAAUUGUGGUGCAGUCUGCUAAACUUCAAGAUACAUUUGAACAGAAUAAAGUUGCUCAACAAGAAAAAGCCCCUUCUGCACCAGUGACCAUGACACAACCCACCCAUCCCACAGUGAUGGGCUCAGUCAUUCCAAAUACUCCAUCAAAGAUAGAGUCUGUGGAUGCAGCUGGCCAUGAGUCCCAAGGAGACCCUCAGAGUCCUUCAAGUGAAGCUUCAAGUGGGUAUUUCUCCCACAGCGUUUCUACAGCUACCCUUUCGGAAACUGCAAUGGUGUCAAGUGGAGACAUUGGCACACCUCCGCUAAGUUGGGCCACUACAGAUGGGGACGCUUCUGCCCAGUUACAAAGUCAAAGGACAUCCAGCAGUGAGGGUUCAGCCAAACUGAAUGCCAAUGUGAAAUCUGGUUCCUGCUUUGCUGGACAUAUGGCUAAUGGAUCUCUGGACAUGCAGCAUCAAAUCAAUCAAGUAAAAAAUGGUGCUCCACAGGUGUCCAGCAAAGGUCAAUUCCAACUGCAAAGCCCAAGCAAGGAUGUGGGAAAGGAUUGUGCAAGAGUUGAGAAUCGAUCAGCAAAUGCUGAGGUAACAGCAGAGCCUGCACAUGAGACAGUGGUAGCAGAGGCCAUGGAAAUAUCUGCAUCAGUUGACACUAAAAACAGCUUUUCUACCUCUCAGACAGCUGAAGCACCAGUGGACAAAUCAGUCGGCCCUGAUGUGACCAACCAGAAAGUUGUCCUGCAUUCCCUCCAACUUGAUGAGCUGGAGGACUUGUUGCUGGCACAGAAGUCCACCUCAGCACUAACUGUCUCCAAGUCUGAGUCAAAAUCUGACACAACUCCGUCCAUAACCUCAGCAUCUAACCCUUUCAAAAUACAAAAGGUGAGGACGUCCGAGUUGAAGUCAUUCACGGGCAUCUUGGGGGAUGAAAAUUCUUGGCAAGAUUGUGAAGAUAAAGAAGAGCAGUGGUCAACAGAGGAAUGGGGGUCUGGGGUCUCCGGUCUGGCUGCAGGUUACAUACCAGAGCCAAGUGACAACUUUGAGAGAUCUGUGACUGCAGAUACAAGAUAUGAUGAAGAUCUUGAGUUAUCAAAUGAAAAACUUGAAAUUAUUUCAGAUUCUGAGGAAGCAGUUGACAUUGUUCCUGAGUGGCUAAAAGAAGGGGAAUACGUCUCAUUUGGUACAAACAAGACUGGUACAGUCAGGUAUAUAGGACCCACAGAGUUUGCUGAUGGAAUUUGGAUUGGAAUUGAGCUGAAUGUACCAGCAGGAAAGAAUGACGGUUCAGUUGGUGGAAAGCAGUAUUUCCGAUGUAAUCCAGGCUACGGAGUGUUAGUCAGGCCAAAUAGAGUUGCAAAAGCCACUGGCUCAGCGAAACGACGCAGCAUUGGCCUCCGGACACAGCUGGCUGCAAAUUCAGAGAAUCGGAGGAGCGGGAACUUUUCCAAGUCUAACCCGAACUUGUCAGCUCUCACUGCAAUGGCCAAAUCUGAAGGAGGAACGGGAAUCCGAUCAGGUGACAGGACUCCAAGGAAGAGUGAGCAUAGGAAAUCCUGGUCUUCUGAACAAAAACCUUCGUGAGAAAUCAGCCAGUGCAUGGUUAUGUUUAGACCUAGUAAGGCUUUGGAACUCGACAUCCAUGGCAAACUCCUUUUAAGCUGAACCCAGUGGUGCCUUUCCUCGCUAACCUCUGUACCAAGGAGACCCAUUAACUGGCCUACCCUGGAACACUCUCACUUAAUGUUCUUCUUUCUACCUGCUAUGUUCACUUAUCUUCCAGCUGUAACAUCAUUUCAUUUUCUUGCUUCAAUUUAGUCGAUUAUCAAACCGUGCCUGAAUGACUUAUGAAUUAUUGAAUGUAUGCUGUAAAAAUAUUUAUGAUUCACAUAAGGGCUUUUGUAUUGUCAAAGGUUGACUUCACAUUUCUAUUGUGCUGAACUGCCUGCAGUCGUCCUCGUUGGGUGAUGAAAGUGUCCAUGCACGACCGCCCCACCUGCCCCAUCACAGCUGCUAGGGAAUAAAACAUUAUCAUAUGCACCUCUUUGAAUUUGCACAAAGAACAUAUGAACAUUUGACUAUUAAUUUCCUGCACCUGUGACAUUGGUUACUGAAUUGUUUUAUUCCAGUACUUUGUUUUCACCUUGAAUUGGUUCUGAUUUUAGUUCUGGGGGAUUUUGAGCAGAGCUGAGGGUUUCAGAGUCUUUGCUGAGAGGUCUGUGCCAAGUUGAGGUUGUGGUCCCAUUUCUUUCCUACUGUUAGGCCUCAACGGUUCACUGAUAGAUGGGCCACAGGAAAAGGGUGAGAGAACACAGCAGUUCUGGGAAGGUGCAGUUUGCUAUUAUGGUCAGGAUGCUACCAGCAUGCUUCCACUGGUGGAAGCUCCUACUAUGGGGACCUGGGAAUUUUUUUUUAACUAGUCAUGGUGGAAAUUUAAGUUCUUUCCCUAUGCAAUGCAAAGCCAUGUAUUUUAAGUGGUCUGCUGGGAUAUUGAGAAAUAUUUUGAAGUAUUCAGGGACUUAAAUGAAUAGGGUUCCAAAUAGUUGGGAAAGAUGGAAUUUUCAAUCAUUUGACUGCUAUUAAACCUCAGAAUCAUGUUUAACUGUACAUUUGACAGUAAGAAUUGGAACAACAUUGUUGAUCAGUGAAACCAGAUUUCCGAAAGUUCUGUCUCAUCAGACCAUUUCUACUGUGAUGAUUUUAAAAAUGCAUUACGUGAACUGUGCAGGUGUCGUGUAAUUAACUUUACAAGUUUUUAUUUGUAAAGCAGGGUGCUACUCCUGUUGGGUCUUUUACUGGAACAGAAACUCCCUGAUUUACUGAAAAUUCUUAACAAAUUUGUAAUUGGCCACAAUGUUGGGGCAGGCAUUACUGCUAUAGAAGCAAUGAAAGAACCUUAAUUCUAUGUAAUCUAACAUUUCAAAGUUUCUUGAUGUAUUCUCUAUGAUCAAAUAAUACUUUUGAAUAGGCAUAGCAUUGGGUACGCAAUAUUGAGAAGAAACCCAAAAAGAUGAGAGACUUGAUUGAUGGGUCAAGAAUUGAAAUGUUGUCAGAACUGGAGGUGGAUACGUGAACACCUUUGUGCAACCGAAGAAAAGAAAGGGAACGAGAACCAACCAGUCAUAAUUAAGCCAGGAAGUUCCACCACUGUUUAAUACCUGCAACGGACAUUGCACCAUCUCUGGCUAGUGUUUUCUACCUGAAAUUAUAACUUGUUCCUAAUUAGGAUGCGGUUGUACCUGCUGCGUACCGUCAGUUCUGCUAUAACAUGGGCUGCUUUAACGCGUUUAAAGAGCUUAGAACGUGAACUUUCCUCACUGGUAUCGGCUAUAAUGCGAUUCCGGCUCCAUGGGUCUAAACAGCGGAGCUACUGCGCGAUUAUUUUUGUUAAAAUAUAGCGAGAUCGCACGAGGACGCAACUAUCACGUUAUACCAGAACAGACUGUAUUUCCAAUUCAUGUUGUCUUGUAAUUUCAUCAGUUGUUUUCUCAGUUGUGAUGUUUAGGUUUACAUCUUGAACUUUUGGGCAGCAGUUGCCCGAUGUAGCAAACAGAUUCUCCAAAUGUGGCAGCUCCUGCUUUACUGACCAGAAAUCAGAAAUUCCUGGUAUCUGCCAUAGCUCUGAAAUGUGCCUUGUUCUUUACCUGAUCAUUUUGGAUUUGAGUUGUCGGCGCUCGAGGUCAACUGCAAAACAAUCUUAAAUGCUCAGGCUCCUUAAGUUGAUGGGGAGCGGAAACGUUGUCAGUAGGCCUGUGGCAAAUACUGACAAUUUGAGCAACGAGGAGUAGUAAACCAUUUUUCUUCAUUUCUUUUUGAUCGUCAUGGUGGAUCUCGGUGUAAGUCUUAUGAAAUUUCGAUAAGAUGAGGUAGAUAAUGCACAGGCUAUGAAAGAUGGAUUGUGUGGUCUUUUUCCAGUUUCAUCCCUUUGCCUUGUGAAUCACACAUGGACGUUUUCCUGUGAUUUACUACUUUACUGAUUAUUGAGCACCUCAUAGUCUGUGUUGGAAUGUUAUAAGCACUACUUGAAUGACUUAAAUUGGCUGAAUUGUUGAACUUGAUAAAUGGUUUUGGUGCUGGAGUUCAAAGGUAGAUCUGAUUGUUGUUUUGAGAGAGGGCCAAGAGUAUGAUUUGGUAAUAUGCUGGGAAUCUAAAAUCAAGUGCUGGAGGAAAUUGGCAGCAUUUUUGGAGAGACAUUUAAUGUUUCAAGUUGAAUAUGAUUUGGUUUAGGUGGCCUGAUUUCUUUUUAAACUUAAUUUCUGUAGGGAAUUCAUUUGCCAAUUUUGACUCUAUAAACACCAUAGAAGUUAUUCUCAAAGUAAUUUGCAGGUGGUAGAACUUGGGAGACCUGAAUUCUGUAACUAUGUAUCCUGUUCUUAUCUGUAACCUAAUCAGUCCCCUCUUAUUUCCUAGCACCAGUUGGUUUAAAUGUAACUGAGCAGCUUCUGAAGAGAGUGGGGACAGAAUCUUCCAUGUAACUGGUGUUUAAAAUUUGUCCAUUUGGCUUUUAUAACAAAGCGCAGCCACAUACAUCUGUAACAAGGGCAAAGUGUUUGGAUACUUCCAACCUUGUUGGAGAGAGCAUGGAAAUACUGGGAACCAAUUUGCAACAGAUUACACCUUGUUGCAGUGGUACUGUCACUACCUCUGAGCCAGAUGAUCAGGGUUAAAGUCCCAGCCACCCCCAAAGGUAUGUCAAAUCAUAUCCGAACAGAUGGAUUAAAAAUAGUUAGACAACUUGUCUAGUUCUUUUGGUUCAUAAAGUGCUGGUAAUCGCUGUGAAUGCAGUUAUAAACAACUGCUCCAUAUGUCUAUUUCCCUUGUAACAGACUCUUUACCUUGCAUGGAAAGGGAAUGGAAAACAGCCAUUGUCAUACAGCAGAUCUGUAUGAGUUUAGGCAUCCACCAGUAAAUUUUCUAGCUGGCUGUUACCCUGAAUACAAAUUGCACUUAAUUAAUGUGCACUAUUUUAACAGAGGAUUCAAUUUUUUAGAUCAUUUUCUUUUAAAGAGCACGUAGAAGAUUCUGCCAUUUUAGUUGUUCGUAACAGUGACAGGCAGAUUAAUACACUCUCUGGUUUACAAGUUGGCUCAGCAGAGGUUACGUAUUACUCGAUAUAGCCAUCUGGUUUGUUGGAUGAUUAUGCAAAGUUCCCAUUUUCUCCAGAAUUUUACUGCUGGUCUGCUACAGCCACCUGUAGUAUAUCGUGAAGCUUUGAGUAAACCUUUUGGACUGGUUUUCAAAUUUUAAUCACUAAAUUAGCAAUUUAGCAUAUGUUUAUCAAAUGAGUGUUCAAAUCGAACAACAUUUAUGUUAAUUUUUAAAGAUUUCUGAACUUUUCUUUAUAUUUAGUCUAUUUCCUUUAAAUCAAAUCCAGAUUGAAAUGUCUUAUGGAUGUUAAUUAGGCUUGUCAAUUACUCUAUGUAUUGGUGUAUGGGCAGUAUGUUGAGGUCUUGAUAUAUCGAGAAUCUAUGUAAUGGACUUGGUGUAGCGUAGAAGCAAAGCCUCCUAGCUGUAUUCAUUCAGGGUUCAAAAAAUAUGAAAUGAGCUAUAAUUGUCUUUUAGUUUCUUGGGAGGCUGGGGGAAAAGAGAGCUUUUGGCAAAUUGUUGUGGUGAAACUAGCCUGCCCAGUUAUAGCUCUUAGAAGUGUGGAAUGGCCAAGUUUAACUUACCAUGACAGUGUAGUGUUUGACUCAAGGAACCAUCAGGUAGAAAUAAUUUUGUCGCAUAUAAUAUUCUACUAUUCAGUCACUUAAAAAGUUAGAAUGAGGUUUUAAUUUAGCCACGUUUAUUGCUCCAUGUAUAACUCAAGAAUGUUGGUGUAACUGGAGGUGUUGGUUGGCACACUUAACUAUUUUGCAAACCUAUAGUGGACAUUUUAUUAAUGAAAUUAAAUGGGUUUGUUCUGGGAGAAAAAUUUCUGCGAAUACUUACUUAGUUCCCACUGAGUAUGUUUAAGAUAUUGCCUGCAGCCAAUAGGCAGCCUGAGUUACUUUUGCCUUAAUCCUUAUGAGAUAUGAUAUGUCGCUGAAGGAAAGAUUUUUGGGUACAAUGGAGGAGGAAGAUGAGCAAUGACAGCUCAAAGAAUGAGUCACUUCUGUUAAUCACAUUUACUUGUAUUUGAAUCAAAGCUGAAUUAAAUUAGAAUACAGAGACCAAAUCUGAAUGAUCCACCAUUUCUCAAAUGACCAAAAGAUGAAAUAGUAAUGUAAUUAAAGUAAUGGUAAAUUUUAUCAAGAAUGAUUUUUGCAACAAAUCCAUUACUUAGCACACAAAUACCAAGAAGUUGAAAGUGUGGAGCUCAGCACCGAUACAUCAGCAGACAGCUUCUUCAAAGAGAAACCCAAAACUAUUUUUAAAAAACACUCUGAAACCAAGGAUAACACUGUGGGGAGCAGGAGGAACACAGUAGGGAAGUUAGGCUGAAGACUUUACCAGAGGGUUGCAGUUGGCGAGAGAUCCACUGAGGGCUUUCCAGAGGGAAGAGGAUAACUUCUCACAAGGUGGGUGUCCCUAGAAGAGGCUUCGCAGUAGGGUUAUAAUUCACUGAGAUAGUAAGAACAGCAGUUCUUACUAUGAGUGAAUUAACAAUCGGAAACCAAACUGUAUAUACACAUUUUUAACGUGUUGAAAUAAUGCAUGAAUACUAUCAAUACAACAAUUGAUUUCUUUAUUCAUUCACGGGAUGAGGGUGUCACUGGCUAGGGCAGCAUUGAUUGCCCAUUGCUGUGGGUCUGGAGUCACAUGUAGGCAGUUUCUCCUGACAGUCAACAAUGGAUUCCUGAUCAGCAUGAAACUCUUAAUCUAGCUUUUUUUAAAAAAACUGAAUUCAAAUCCCAUCAUCUACUUUUGGAAGAUUUGAACUCAGGUCCACAGAACAUUAUCUGUGUCUCGGGAUUAAUGGUACAGUGACAAUACUACUAGGCCAUUGCUUAUCCCCUUAACCUCUGCACUGGUUGAAAGUGAUUUUGAUGCCUAAUGUACAUUGUGCGAUUCUGCACUCUUUCUGUAAGUAGACCAUAACAAUAGCAGUCGUGGAAAACACUGCCAGUUUUACACCAUUACAGCCUCGUCUGUUGAGUUUAUAUUACUGCUCUCUGCUGCUUUAAAGUGAGUUUUGGUGCACGUUAAAAGUGAUUUGCCCUGGAAUGAAGUUCCACAUGUACUUUAGGGUCAGAGUUCCUUUUGCAACACACUCAUGGUAGUACAACUCAAAUUUGCUGCCUGUACAUGUUUCAAAAAUGCCACACAAAGGUACAGUUCCACAACAGUUAGAUAAAUUAUUGAUCAUGUUAACUUCCAGCAGAUUGUGGCUGAAAAACAAACUGGUAACUCUCAUUUUUUAAAAUUCAUUAACCAAACAUUGACAUGUUUGACUAGAAUGUCCAGGAACAGUGGAGAUGAUGAAAAGAACAGAGCACACAAACUCAACAACUUUAACCCAGGUUUACUGUUUGCUUUCUCAAGUGAGUGUGGUUUUCUAUGCUCUCCUGCCAAGGUUUGUCCUGUUUGUAUUACAAGUGUGUGAAUGGUUGGUAGUAAUUAACUUGACCAAUGUCACACCUAUCUCUCACAUGUAAACUCUGACUUUAAUUCCUUUACUUGAAAGAGAACUUAAUUUCAUAAAAUUAAGGUUUGAAAUGAUGACUUUGAGGUUAACAUGCAGUGUAAUUGAGUAUUUUAAGUUGAAUUAAUGUUGUAAAUGUUAUGUAAAAAUUUAAAAAUAUUUGGGACAAUACAAUGAUAAGUGUUUAGAUACCUUUUAACAUAGUCAUUAUGUCAAAUAUUUAUCAGAAUUAAUGUUACUAGCUCUCAAGCUACAGAAAUACCCCAUAUAUUCCUUCAGGGCCAGUUCAAACAUUUGUCUAAUUUUUAAAUUCCAAAUCUGUCUCAGAAUAGGUCAGCAGUAGAAAUAAACAGAGUCAAAGGAUGAGUUCAGUGUUUACAUCUGGUUCAAGGCUGGAUGAUUCUGACUGUAAGAAGAGAAAAGGCUGAUGUUCCUACAUGGUGUCAGUGCAGUUGGGAACACUUGUUACAAAGUAAGUUUCGGAGAUAAUAGGAACUGCAGAUGCUGGAGAAUCUGGGAUAACCGGGUGGAGAGCUGGAUGAACACAGCAGGCCAAGUAGCAUCAGAGGAGCUGAUGUUUUGGGCCUAGACCCUCCUUCAGAAUUGGGUUUUUGUUCUGAGCUGACAUCCUGUGAUUUUGACUGUACUGGGUCCAAACAUUGGAUUUUUCUAUCUCAAAUUCUAUUUUAUAAAUAUGGGAGUUAUGGGAAAUGUACAACAAAAUAGGUAUGCAAUUGCAAUAAUAUUUGUGGCAACUGACUUGCCUCAACAAUUACAAUACAAUCAUUUAUUUAUAAUGUUUGCAGCUCUCUGGAGCAGAGAUGUAUCAUACCUCUUGGAUUUAAUCAUACAAUGACCAUUUUUGAAACGUAAAUUCUAAACUACUGAUUCUCAUUUUAUGUAUGAAUAAACACUGAAGCUCAGAGGUUGUCAAGCCCAGGAAAGGUUUGAAUUUAACACUAAUUUUUUGCAGUCUAGUGGGAAGUAUGCAUAAGGUUCAGUAGCUGGUUGGCCACCUGUGUAUGUGCUGGGUUUGUAUAUAAAAGCACAAUGCAAAAAUUUUAAAUGUUUAAUUUUAAAUAUUUUUAAAGGCUCGAUGAAAUUCAAAGGUGCUUUGUCAUCUGCAUGUCUCAUGUACUUAAAUUUUAGUCUGUAUAAUACUACUUGUUACUUCUGGCUUAACAAUGAGCAAUAAAUACAAAUUAAUGUACA